AGUAUAGAAUUGUUAUGUCCCAAGUAGUUCGCCAUACAAGAUCGAUCGAACGUAAAUAAGAAACUAAAGGUGAUAGUGGUUUUUCUGAGAGAAAACAAAAUACAACAGGGUUUGACAAUGUCACAAGAUCCACCACCAGCGUACUCCGAGAAAGGACAGGAUCCAGGCUAUCCUAACGUCAACCCCCAGAGUUUCCCCAGCCAGCCGGGGUAUCCCCAGACCUACCAGCCACAGGUCCAGCAAAGUGUGGUCGUUGUACAGCAGCCAUCAGCCUACCCCGUGGGGGUCCUGAGGUUCGGACGCUACCCCCUCCAAAUGAGGUGCCCUCAGUGUCAGGCAGACAUAUUGACCAGCACUGACCUGGAGCUGGGGACCUUCGCGUGGUGCAUGUGCGUCCUCAUCGCCUGCUUCUGGUUAUGGCCCUUUUGCUUUAUUGCCUUGUGUAUUGAUUCUCUGAAAGACGUCAUCCAUAGUUGUCCGAACUGCAAGAAAGAGUUGGGGCGAUACAAGCGCAUGUAGGACCUAAAGUGUGACGUCACUUGAAUGGAAGUUUAAAAAACAUCCUUCAACGACCAAUUCCUGAUGAACCAACCCGAUGUAAAAGAUAAACAAAAAAGCCAAAGAGUAUUGAUUUUAAUAAAUCUAUUGAAAUUAGAAGAAUUUUAAACCAACUUGGUUUUUAUAAUCAGUAUAUUUAAACCAUAAUUUAAGUGCAUUUUAAUCGUACAUAUCAUAUAUUAUAUUACCUACUUCAUACACAAAGACAAGAUUUUAAGUUUGCUUUAUAUAAUUAUGAUUUCCAGAUAGUACAGAUGGCACCAUAUUUAAUCAUCUAUGUUCUCUGAGCUCUGUUUGAUACCAAUGUUUAUUUUACACAAAGUGGCAAAAAAAUUCAUUGAUUUUAAAUUCAGUAGAAUUGUUUUAUUUGAUAAAUAAUCAAGUCUUAUGUUUUAAUUACGAUAAUUUCAGCACUACAUGCAUAGAAGUGACCUUACACUUGGCAUAUAUAAUAUAUCAACACAUCAACAUAUAAUAUAUCUGUGUUAUAUCUGUAACAUAAAAUGUAUAUAUACAUGUAUUUAAUUUACUUUUACUAUGACAAAAUAUUGGCAAUUCAACCUUUUUUUUAUUAAUUAUUUUGUUUUCUUUUAUUCUUCAUGUUUUACUAUUUCUAGUAUACUUGUUAAUUUUGUACAUUUGUUUUGUAUAAUUAAGUUUACCUGUAUGUUCAAUCUAAAGGAUGAAAUACAAUCAAUUCAUGUAAACUAUAUGAUUGUUCAAAAUAUCUAUUAAAAAUCAAGAAUUAUAUUUGU